CCCUACUGGCUGCGCCAGCGGGCUGCCCAGGGUGAGCGCUACGACUACCUCAAGGCGCAGUUGGGGGGCCUCAAGCUGGCCACGGUGUGCGAGGAAGCGCAGUGCCCCAACAUCGGCGAGUGCUGGAACGGCGGCGCGGCGGGCAUCGGCACCGCCACCAUCAUGCUGCUGGGCGACACGUGCACCCGCGGCUGCCGCUUCUGCGCCGUCAACACCAGCCAGGCGCCGCCGCCGCCAGACCCGCUGGAGCCGGAGCACACGGCGCAGGCGGUGGCCGACUGGGGUGUGGGGUAUGUGGUGCUGACGUCUGUGGACCGAGACGACCUGCCCGACGGCGGCGCCGACCACUUGCGCGCACCACGUGUGGACCGGCUGCAGCGGCGGGUGCGCGACCCGCGGGCGGGCUACGUGCAGAGCCUGGAGGUGCUGCGGGCGGCCAAGGCCUGCGGCGUGUACACCAAGUCAUCCAUCAUGCUGGGCCUGGGCGAGAGCGACGAGGAGGUGGUUGACACGAUGCUGGACCUGCGGGAUGCGGGGGUGGACAUCCUCACGCUGGGACAGUACCUGCAGCCCACGCAGCACCACCUGCCCGUCGCCGAGUUUGUGACCCCGGAGAAGUUUGAGCACUGGCGCAAGUACGGCGAGGAGGUGAUUGGGUUCCGCUACGUGGCGUCGGGCCCCCUGGUGCGCUCCUCGUACCGCGCGGGGGAAUUCUUCACAGAGGCGAUGAUC